GCCGCCCGAGGCCUUUCCCGGGCGCCGCUUUUCUCCUCAGCCACCGCGGUUUGCGGAGGAGCAGGCCAAGGGGCGGAGCAGGCCCCGGAUGCGCUUCUCCCACAGCUUGCCGGCGCAGCCGCUGAGGGCCUGCCGGUGCCCUUCACCUUGCGCGGGUUUCCUCGGGCCCCAGCCAGCGAGGAGAAGGGCGGCCUGGAAGGAGCCGACGCCGCCUCCGGCCUGGAAACAUGUCGCUGGCGGCCGAAGCCUUCGUGACACAAAUCGCAGCUGCAGAACCUUGGCCUGAAAAUGCUGCAUUGUAUCAGCCACUGAAAGAGGAGCAAAUUUUACUUUCUGACAAUGCCGCCUGUCUUGCCGUUCAGGCUUUUUUGCAAAUGUGCAGUCUGCCAGUCCGGGUGGUUUACAGGGCAAACGCAGAGUACAUGUCUCCGUCUGGGAAAGUUCCCUUUAUUCAUGUAGGAAAUCAAGUAGUUUCUGAACUUGGUCCCAUUGUUCAGUUUGUAAAAGCAAAGGGCCAUUCACUUAGUGACGGGUUGGAUGAAGUCCAAAAAGCAGAGAUGAAAGCCUACAUGGAAUUGGUCAAUAAUAUGCUGUUGACAGCAGAGCUGUAUCUUCAGUGGUGUGAUGAUGCUACAGUCCAGGAGAUUACUCAUCCCCGAUAUGGCUCUCCUUAUCCUUGGCCUCUGAAUCAUAUAUUGGCUUAUCAGAAACAAUGGGAGGUCCAGCGGAAGAUGAAAGCUAUUGGCUGGGGCAGCAAAUCGUUCGAUCAGGUGCUAGAAGAUGUUGACCAGUGUUGUCAGGCCCUUUCCCAAAGGCUUGGAACUCAGCUGUAUUUCUUCAAUAAAAAGCCAACUGAGUUAGACGCUUUGGUGUUUGGACAUCUGUUCACGAUACUUACCACCCAACUGAUCAGUGAUGAGCUCUCUGAAAAAGUGAAGAGUUACAGUAACCUCAUAUCGUUUUGCAGAAGAAUAGAACAGCACUACUUCGAGGGUCGCGCCGGAGAUGCAACUUUCAAGCCGUUGUUGUUAAGCUGAAUGGUUGUGUGGCAGUCAAAGUUUUGAAAUGGGAGCUCUGAUUUUAUAUUGUUUAACAAAGACUAGCCGUGAGUUUGAAACCUCUUGUUGCACCUCUUGUGUUUGAAACUGCCACCCGCACCCCCAAGGACCUGCCCGUGUUGGAUUCAGCAAACACAUUGGUAUUUAAGACAAAAUUUACUGGAGUUUUUCAUUAUAGUAGCCUGCAUGCAAUGUGAAUCACUCUCAAGUGCCCUUGAAACAAAACUGUAUUAAGAUUUAACUACAAUAAAAUUUACAAGGACUGUA